GGGCAAAAGACACACUCAGAGUUCAGCAGCUCUUCCGUCAGCAACCAGCGAUCCAAGCAAGCAAAACACCCACCGAAGCCAGUCACCAUGAAGUUCUUCGCUGUCCUCGUCCUCCUCUCCGCCAUGGUGGCCGUUGCAAUGGGAGCCACUGCUACUACUACUACUGGUACUGGAUCACCAACCAGCACUACGACCACUCCGUCGUCGCCUUCGACCACCACGUACACCUACACCACCACACCCACGUACACCACACCCUCGUACACCAGCACCACCACAACCACCGCGAAACCCUUCAAGCAGCAGCUCCUGUCCCUGCUGUUCAACAAGAAGAGCGGAUAAAGCCGCCGAUCCGAUCCACGCCGCCGCCUUCUGAAUCGAUCCGUAUCACCUGAAUAGCUCUAACAAAUACAAAACCAAAAACCAAAACAAA